AUGGCAGAACUGGAUAUAGCGCCCAAAUUCGGCGCCGAGCUGAAGGAUGGCUAUAAGGUUGUCAACGCCUGGGUGUCCGGGGGCAUUGCGUGGCUGGACGAUAUCCAACAGUUCUACCGCGAGCGUAGCGCAAUCGAGAAAGAGUACUCCGCGAAGCUGAACGCCUUGGCGAAGAAAUACUUCGAGAAGAAGGCCAGAAAGUCUAGCAGUCUCAGCGUUGGGGACACCCCUACCGUCACUCCAGGCUCACUCGAGAGUGCUUCUAUGACCACAUGGAAUGUCCAGCUCACGACGCUCGAAUCUCGAGCGGCAGAGCAUGACCAGUUCGGCUCACAACUUAUAAGUAACCUCGCCGACCCCCUCAAGCAACUCGCUUCUCGAUACGAAGACCUGCGCAAAUGUCACGCCGACUACGCUGCGAAGCUCGAGAAGGAGCGGGACUCGUCAUAUGGCGAGCUUAAGAAGAUGAAAGGCAAAUACGACAGUUCAUGUCAAGAGGUGGAGAGCCGGCGGAAGAAGACCGAGAGCUCCUUCGACCACAGCAGAACCAAAGCGCAAAACGUCUUGGUACAGCAGAUGGCCGAGAUGAACAACGUCAAGAACUCAUACCUCAUCAGCAUCAACGUGACAAACGUGCAAAAGGAGAAAUACUAUCACGAGUAUGUCCCCGAAUUGCUCGAUAGCUUACAGGACUUAUCAGAAACCCGCGUCGCCAAACUCAACUCGAUAUGGAUGGCCGCCGCUCAGAUCGAAACAGCAACGCUGGCGCGAAGUACAGAGUUCCUCAAGCACUUGGCGUCAGAAAUACCGAGGAACAAUCCAGUGCUCGACUCCAUGAUGUUCUUGCGACACAACAUCGCCGAUUGGCGCGAGCCAGCAGACUUCGCCUUCGAGCCCAGCCCAGUAUACUACGAUAACGACGCGAUGGUCACGGACGAACCCGCCAAGAACUUCCUCCGCAACUACCUAACAAAGAGCAAAGGGCUCUUAGGGGAAUAUCGCCGCGAGCUCGAGACCAGACGGCGCGAAGUCGAGAACGCCAAGCGGGUCCGCAAAGCAAUCCGCGAAGGCAAAGACAAGCGCGACGAAGUCGAGGUCGUGCGUGCCAUCUUCUCUCUUCAAGAAAACGCGCACGAAGCCGAGCGGCAGAAAGUGACCGCCGAAGUCGAAGUCUCGACCAUCACCUCCGCGGUCGGAGACGUCAGCAUCGGCGCGCGCAACCACAACUUCAAGUCCCAGACCUUCAAGAUCCCGACGAAUUGCGAUUACUGUGGUGACCGGAUUUGGGGGCUCUCGGCCAAGGGCUUCGACUGUCGCGACUGCGGCUACACGUGCCACAGCAAGUGCGAGAUGAAAGUGCCUGCCGACUGUCCCGGCGAGCAGACCAAGGAAGAGAGAAAAGCACUCAAAGCCCAGCGCCAAUCGUCGGCACAGAAGGCCGCCCCAACUAAUGGCGCGGCAACGGAUGCGCACUCCAGCAAGCCGUUGAUCAGCAGGAGCGACACAGUCAACUCGAUGAACACGCUGAGCUCCGGCUACUCGGCGACAGCGCAGCGAUCCAUUUCCGGCACCGCUGCCACGCCGCCGGUAGAAGAGCCUCAGCCGGAGAGGACCUCCACGAUCAAGGCGUCGCCGUCGCGCAGGAGCCGUAUUCUUGCGCCGCCGCCGACGAGCUACAUUAAGGAUUCCAGCGACGGCGCUGCGGAGACUAGAACUGCGCAGCCGCGGGGCAGGAUGACGUACCCGUACCAAGCGAACGGAGAGGGCGAGAUUAGCGUAAGCGAGGGCAGUAAUGUCGUUAUAGUUGAGCCGGACGACGGCUCAGGCUGGCUCCGCGUCACCUCCGGCUCCUCCACCGGCCUCGUCCCGGCCUCCUACGUCGAGCUCGCCCCCACCGCCAAUUCCACCCCACCCCCCUCAGCCCAUGCGACCCGCCCGCACUCAACCUACUCCAACAACUCCUCUGUCUCUCUAGCCGGCUCCCACGUCUCAGCCUCCGGCGCCUCCUCCUCCGGCGGCACUCUAAAGAAAAAAGGGCCAGCCGUGGCCCCCAAGCGCGGCGCCAAGAAACUCAAGUACGUCGAGGCGUUGUAUGAGUAUGAGGCGAGGAGCGAGGCGGAGCACAGCAUGAAGGAGGGAGAAAGGUUCGUGCUUAUUAGCCCGGACGCGGGGGAUGGGUGGGCGGAUGUGGAGAAGGGGGGCCGCGUGGCGAGCGUGCCGGCGAAUUAUGUGCAGGAGGUUUAG